CAGCAUUUGAUUACCUCUGGCACUACCAAGAAUUGCAUACGCUUGCGUGGCCUGCCCUAUGAGGCAUUGGUGGAACAUAUUCUACAUUUCCUGGAUGAUUUUGCCAAGCAUAUCAUCUUCCAAGGUGUACACAUGGUGAUAAAUGCCCAGGGUCAACCCAGUGGCGAAGCCUUCAUACAAAUGGAUUCCGAAGAAUCGGCCCGCUUGUGUGCCCAACGUAAACACCACCAAUUUAUGGUGUUCGGCAAGAAAUACCGUUACAUUGAAGUGUUCCAGUGUUCGGGUGAUGACAUGAAUAUGGUACUCAAUGGUGGCCUACAAUCACCAGUUCCUGCCGCCCAUCCCCAUGCACAUUUGGCGGGUGGCAAGCAGCCAUCUUUAUUAUCACCGGGUAUGUUAGCACAACAACCGCCGGCCAACGCACAAGCUAUUAGUCCUCAUACGCAUGCUCAUUCUCAUGUCCAUGCCCAUUCCCAUCCUCAUUCCCAUGCUCAUGCCUUGCAAUCACAGCCCUCGGUAGCUGCUGCUGUGGCAGCUUUGACACAACCACCGCAUGCAGUUGCAGUGCCCGCAGCAGCCCCGCCUGUACCUUUGGGUGCUGCUGCUGCGGCGGCAGGUGGUAUUUCACCAUACAUGACUGCACCGGCUGCAGCUCAUGCUGGUGUACAACAUCCUUCCCUGGCUCAAUCGGCAGUGGCAGCAGCAGCUGCUGCACAAAAUGCUGCUGCCGCUGCUGUGGGUACUCUUGCCUCGCCGCCAAAUCAAUUGGCGGUGCAUACAGCCACCGCUUCGGCUGUCAGCCCUCAGGCUGCCAUGACAUUCCCCUUUAAUUUAUCCCUGCCUCCCCCACCCACAGCUGCGGCCACUGCUGCCCAUAACUCAGCCCUUAUUGCUCAACAACAAGCUCAAUUUAUUGCUCAGCAUAAUUUAAUGGCACGCCAACAAGCUGCGGCUGUUGCCGCUCAGCAGCAACACCAACAGCAUCAUCAGCAGCAGCAACAACAACAUUUGUAUACAAAUUUGAAUCCGUUGUUUAUGCAGCAUCCGGGUGUUGCUGCCAUGGGUGGACCAAGUGGCGCUGGGGCACAUUCCGCGGUAGCUGCUGCUGCCGCCGCCGCUGCUGCCGGUCAGCCACAAUUUGUUUUUAUGCCAAGACCGUAUUUUCAAACCUUCAGUCCCUUGGGUUAUAUGCAGGCCCAACAGGGUUAUCAGUUUGCCACCGGUAUGAUGCCACCGCAAACGGCGCAGUCAGCUGCUGCCAACAGUGGUAGUUAUGCUGUGGCAGCAGCUGCUGCGGCAAAUGCUGCAGCCGCUGCAGCGGGCACAUUGCCACAUUCCAUGAAGCGUUCGUAUGAAAAUGCAUUUCAACAUGAAGCCAAUGCUGCGGCGGCUAGUGCUGCCAAGCGGGCCUUGACACGGCCACCGGGUAAUAUUUAUCAUUUCUAUAAUCCGGGGGUAUAA